UGACAUCUGAUUAUAACAAAUAAUAUUUAUGCACUUUUUAAGCUUGUCUUUACUGGAAUAUACGUAAAAAAAAAUUGCUACAUGAGAUAAAACUAAAAUAACACAAUUCUGAAAUGGUUAAUUGAAAUGGACCCACAUUGUCGACUUCACUUUCGGGGACUGUCAUUUAUCAUUUAGUCGUGGGCGCACUCUGUUGGAAAAGUCGUGUAUUACAGAGGAAAUAUUUUCCAUUGCAUUGUGUUACAUUUAAAAAAAAGUUUUUUGGUUUUUAUGCAUUAAGAACAAAGUGUCUUCGUUUGAGGACAUGGAUAACUGAUUUUCUUUAAAAAAAAAAAAUGAAAAAAAAACAUGAACGAACAUGCACGGGCAAAAGCAUUAUUUUUUCAAAAUCACCAAUGCAUAGAUUUCGAGAUUGUUUUUUCGUACCGAAUUUUAUAUAAAGAUGAUUUUCAACAAUGUUAUAACAGAAUUAUUGGAUAUACUCUGUUUUGGGUAUGCUGUUUUUCCGCAAAAUAUGUGUUAAAUGGUCAUUAACAGGGUUUUUUUUUAUUAUCUACUACGUGUCAAUAAACUAAAUAUAUUUCUAAAUAUUUACAUAUUAAUGCGUUUUUGGGGCAACAUAAGAUGAAAAAAGAAGUGUAAUAGCGGGAGUAAUAACUGACAAGAUUUUAAUGUUUUUCACAGAAUACUGAAAUAUAAUUUCUUUCCCUAUCCAUUUGUUAUGUCUCUCAAAAUGCAUAAUAAACACGUUUUUACUCCCGGUGUGCUCAUAUGUAUGAAAUCAACUUCCUGUUUCGUAAAAGAAAGUCAUAUUUUGAUUUAAAACCCCAUAACGUUUUCCUAAGAGGUUGCCUUACACACCAUUUAAAUUAAAAUAAAUUAAAUUAAAUGAAUCAGUCAUUUUUGAAGAAACACAGGAAACACAUAUUAGUUUAUAUUGUGGUAAAAAAGAAAAACAUAAACAAAGUAUUUUUUCGUAUAGACAUAACACGUGUCUCACCUGAAGAAAAUGUCUAUUCACAUUUAGCAUUUCAGUAAAUAAGAUGUAAAAGGUUGUAGAUAAUUUCCCGUGUACGUAUUGGACACAAGAAGCUUUAAAACUUCCCCAGGGGGCGUGUGACUGACCAGAGCCCAAACCUUCAUGAACCGCAUUUUAACGUUUUGGUUUUUCAUUCAAUAUACACUGUACAUAAAUGAGGACUUUUAUCCGCGCGCGCCGGUCACGCGCCUGCGCCGCUAAACAGUACCCGGAUAAUAUGGUUUGUUUGGAUGACGUAAACAAGAUGGCCGCGCAGUGGUGUUUAUCUUAUUGAUUCACACGCACUGAUCACAGAAAUGAAAAAGCGUCAUUCAUAUUACACGCAGUUUACUUGCAGCACGGAUUAUAUUUAUAUCGGGCUAAUCCUCUGAAUUUGACGUUUUUUUGUGUUGUGGUCGCAAGGACCACAGUUUAAACAUGGUAAAGUGUUGAACUGCUUACAUUAAAAUCAACGUUCUCGCUAAACCUUCAGAUGAAACUGCAAUUGUUUGGUUGAUGUCUACAAACUUUAGUUGUAUAUGGAUAAAAGUGUAACGUAUUUGUGAAGUAAAUGAGUAGUUGGCUGUAGAAUGACUACAUUCCGUUUAAUUUCGGUCCAUGACUUACCUUGACAGCCUUUUUUUAGCAUCAUGUAGAGCUUUGAACCUGCGAUUCGCGCCUAUGAUUCUUAUGGAGAACGCAGUCCGUGUUUGGGACGUUUGAAAGGAUCUGGAUGCUGAGGGGUUUAUUUGUUAUUUUUCAGUCUGCCAAAGUGGACACCGUGGAGAGAAGCGAGUCGAGUACAAAAAGCAGAAGUAGUUCUCACAGCGGAGGAAGGGAAAACAGGAAACGGGCAAGGAGCCGAAGCAGAUCGUCCUCAUCAUCUUCCAGUUCUUCAUCUUCUUCCUCCUCCUCUUCCUCCUCCUCUUCUUCACGGUCUUCAUCCAGCAGUUCAUCGUCACAUAGUAACUCCAGCUCCAGUAGCUCAGAUUCUUGCAAAAAGCGAAGAAAAUCUUCGAAAAAACGGAAAGAUAAACAUGGCAAAAAGAAAGGGAAAAAAGAGAAGACACGUAAACGGAAGAAGGAAAAGGGGCACAAAGCGCAGGACGACAGCUCUGGACCUGUUCAAAUUUCAAAGUAUCUUAAGGAAAAGAAGAAAACUGGCAAGUACAGUAUGAUUUCAGGGAAAAAGAUUAAAAUGAAAGUGAAAAAAUCAAAGAAGGACAAGCAGAGGGACAAAAACAGAGCAGAACUACUAGAGUUCUUAAACUCCACUUUCUGAUUCAAUCCAGACCUGGAAAUGCAGAACCAGACAUCUUUUUUUUUUUUUUUUUUUUUUUUUUUAUUCGCCUGACCGCCACUCAGGGAAAGACCAUCUUCAACUAUUAAUGUUGUUGCCUGACGUUAUAUGUCGAUAGCUCCUUACCAUUUUUAAAUUCCAGAAUUUGUCCCCAAAUACUUAUUUCAUGUCUCAUGAACUGUACCCUAUGGGAAUUGUAGCUUGGACGUAACAUUGUUUACAUGUUACUGAAAUUGUAAAAUACACAAGUAUACUUGUAUUUUUUCAAAUGCGGACCUCAAGUGCAUGAUAAACAGAAUCAGUCCAGAUCUGAGCGGGAUUGUUCGGAAGGAUGUGAAUCAUGCGUGUGCAGUCUGUGACCGGGGAGAGUCGUGAAGCUUGUAUAUCUCAAAAACAAUUUAAAACAACAUUGUAGUUGUGUUGUUCCAGUGGUGUAUUUCUUGUUAUCCGAUGAUCAUUGCUGUGUUUCCGUGCUGAGCCAAAUGCAGAGGCGCCAUUAGCAGGUAGUUGAAAGCUUAUGAUCUGCCUUUGUGAGUCCCAUGCAUCUGCCCAUACCGAUGACAAUACUGUUAAAUAAAUUUCCUGUUUGUGUCCUUUA